AUGCACAACGGUCGCGGUCGUCGCAAGCCUGGUAGUCUCAGAGCGACGAAGAGCGGUCAACGUCGCACAAUGUUACACAUUAUUCCCGAUCAAUCCCUCCCCCCUCGUGCUAAGACGGUUACCGUCUGCGAUGAUAGCCCUGAGACCUCCGACGCCGCCUCCACGACUUCCACCAACACUACCAGCAUAACUACCUCCAGUCUACCUGCGACCUCUCCUACCAUCGAAGCAAGCUCCAUCAAGAAAGCUAUGGCCCGGAAAACUUCGUCUCCCAUGGCCCCGCCGUUCAUGGUGUCCGCGCCGGGAAAGGUCAUCGUCUUUGGAGAACAUGCCGUGGUACACGGUAAGGCAGCCAUGGCUGCUGCCAUCUCCCUCCGCUCCUACUUCCUCGUCACCACCCUGUCCAAGUCGCAGCGCACUAUCACCUUAAACUUCCGAGACAUCAAGUUCGAUCACACCUGGAACAUCGAUGAGCUACCAUGGGAGCUCUUCAAGCAGCCCUCCAAGAAGAAGUACUAUUACGACCUGGUCACAUCUCUCGACACCGAGUUGUACGACGCACUCAUGCCCCACGUCCAAGACGUGUCGCCCCAUGCGCCGGAGGAUUUACGAAAAAUCCACAGUCGCUCUGCCCUAGCAUUCCUAUACCUCUUUUGCUCCCUGGGCUCUCCCGAGAGUCAUGGCGCUAUCUACACCCUGCGCUCUACGAUUCCUAUUGGUGCUGGACUCGGUAGCAGUGCUAGUAUUUGUGUCUGUAUGAGUACGGCCCUACUACUUCAAAUCCGCACCCUAGCUGGUCCCCACCCCGACCAACCCCCAGAUGAGGCGGAGCUUCAGAUUGAGCGCAUCAAUAGAUGGGCUUUCGUUGGAGAAAUGUGUAUGCAUGGAAACCCGAGUGGAGUAGACAAUACGGUCUCCGCAGGCGGUAAGGCUGUGUUUUUCCGGCGCGAAGAUUACACUAAGCCGCCCACGGUGGUGCCGGUACCCAACUUCCCCGAAUUGCCCCUCUGGUUGAUAGACACGCGACAGGCUCGCUCCACCGCGGUUGAGGUUGCCAAGGUGGGCAAGCUCAAAGAGGAGCAUCCCCUGGUGACUGAAUCGAUGCUGGAUGCAAUUGAGAAGGUGACCGUGUCUGCUAAAGACGCCAUCAAGAAUACGGAUGGCAGACCUCUGGACCAGAUGGAGCUUGAACGUUUCGGUUCCUUGCUCCGUAUUAACCACGGGUUGCUUGUGUCGUUAGGCGUGUCGCAUCCGCGACUGGAGCGAAUCCGCGAGCUGGUUGACUAUACCGACAUCGGAUGGUCCAAGUUGACUGGUGCCGGUGGAGGUGGAUGUGCAAUCUCUCUUCUCCGCCCAGAUGCCAGCGAGGAGUCUCUACGACAGCUCGAGCAGAAGCUUGCCGACGAGAACUUCACGAAAUACGAGACCACUCUAGGCGGUGACGGUGUCGGUGUCCUUUGGCCGGCAGUUCUGCGCAACGGCACCGAUGAGGAGGGUGGUGAGGAAAUUGAUCAACAAAAGUUUGAGAACGCCGACGGCCCCGUCGGUAUUGACAGACUCGUAGGUGUCGGCGUUCAGGAAAAACGCGAAGGCUGGAAGUUUUGGAGACGGGCAGUAUGA